AUGGGUGAUACAAGCAGCGAGGCGGAAACGCUGUCACCCGCCAAUCGGGCACAGCAAGUGUUGGCAAAAGCAGCCCAAUCACUUCACCGGCGGCGCGCCGCGCCACCUCGACUCCCACUCCCCAUCAGCUUCACCCGAACAUCCACACCCCCGCCCACACCUUUACCCGUCGAGGAAGCCAUGAAGUGGGUCACGAUCGAACUGUCCAACUACCCGACACAGUUCACUCACCAAGACGUCCUCGAUCUCUUCCAAGACUUCACCAUCUCACCGGAGUUCACGCUGCCAAACGCCGUGAAUUUCACUCACCCACUUCGCACGUUCAUCAAGAUUGCCGGCCAGGAAGAAGCAAAACGCGCAGUCCACGAGAUGCGUUGGAGACUCUUCGGCGGCCGCGCGAUCAGUGUGAAGAUGGCCGAAGACACUGGUCACGAAGAGGUCAACCAGACUGCCGAGGAAGUGAUCGACGAGACAGAUCACGAAGACGUCAACCAUACUGCAGGUGAAGUGGUCGACGAGACAGGUCAUCAAGAGUUCGAGCAGCCUGCCGAGGAAGUGGUCGAGGAGACAGGUCACGAAGGCGACAAGCAGAAGAACGAGAAAUUAGCCGUUCAGCAGAAGAUCGAGAUCAUAAACAUCGCUCGCGCAUACUACCCACAUCUCGCGUCCAAGGUGCUCGAAAUCCGCGAACAUGUCCAAGGCUACGACACCUUCGCCUUCUUGCAAGCCCGUGAUCUCAUCCCAGUGCACGGCGAGUCCGACGCCAACAUGGAGCCGGGCGAGAACGUGGUCAAGUGGGAACUCGUUGCUUCUGGUCGCUCGAGCGGUUUCAGCUGGAAGAUGGAGGAAGGAACUGAUAUCCUUUCGGCGUUGAAGUGGCUGCGCGAUGUGCUGGUGACUCAGGGUACCAUGGCCAGAGUGUGGGGUGAGUUAGAGGGUGCGGAUGUGAGGCCGGAUGUGUGA